ACAAGAUGUCAAGAUCUCAUCUUCACCGCUGAUUAGUCCUCUCCUCUCCUCGCUGAUGGCGCGACACUGCUUCCCUUCCAUUGCCAAAAUCCCAAAACCCUCCACGGGUCAGCGGGGAAGAUCAGUCGAGCGCCAAAAGACACAGAGCAUCAAAUUAAGCUUCUUACACGAAGAAUAGCACCAGCCACUUAAAGUUAGAUAUGGGAGGCAGAGGAGUUAUUGGUGAUAAAUGGUCCAUGAGGGUUCUCUGGGUCUGUGCCAUAGGGAGUGCAAUUGGUUUGUAUAUGGUUGCUCAAGAAAGACAAUUACAGAACAGGCAAAGAAUGUUGGCUGAGAGUCUGAAUGAUGUAGAAUCAGGAGGUACUGGUGAAAAUGUUUAGGCAUUUUGGGAUGUUGAUGAAACGUGAGUCUUAAAAGCUAUGGAGAUUCCGUCGUGUCCGAGUUGGUUAUGACCCUUCUGCUGGCUCAAAUCAAUACUGUGAGUUUCCAAAAAUGUGAAAUAAUUAGAGUAUGUUUGAUAUUGAACGUAGAUUUCAUAUGAAUUCAUGAGAUACAAUAAGCAUACUAAAUCAGUGUUUAGUAGGCCAUUUUGAGAAAUGGAAUUUUCUCGGAGUCCCAACUUUUGACAUUGAAAUGUUGGAUUUGUUUUCUCUA